GUAAUAAAUUUAGAAAAUAGAAUAAUUGGUAACAUUUUAACUACCUUCCUAAAUUUUCAUAAUUCCAGUCAACUCGCUCUAAGUAGAUUUCUUGCUCCGUCGUUGUUUUACGCUCGUGGUGGGACUCGUGUGUGCCAGCCAAUAGUACAUAGUUUCAUGGUCACAUCCUAGUAACUCUUAUAUGACACGAUUAGAAUUUCUAAUCUCCCCUUUAUUCCUACUAUGAGGUGGUGGAUAUAGGGGCGGCUGAGAACAAUAAUAGCCGCUAAAUUAUAAUAAUAAAGAAAAUUAGUGUGUGUGAUCAGUAACAUAACAAUCUGUCGAAGGCAUAUCAAGAGUGAAAAUAAGGGAACUUCAAAUGUGUAGACUAAGCAACGGUUUUGAGAAACACCGCCUCUAGCUGCGGAGGAUGAUAUAUGUAUAUAUAAAUCUCCGGCGUCGGUUGGACGGUGGCCGUAACAUUUUCCGGCAGUAACUAACAAGUCUCACAGUCUGUCAAUCACGCUGGAACUUUGACUUGCUAAUUGCUAUGUUGGGAAGACUGUAGGCAGGUCGCGUCGUCCAUGCCUCCGUAUAUGGGCCGUAAGUCUGUACAUCGCAUCAACAAGCGGACCCGAUUGGGCUUACUCUUAACCCUAUUGGGCUUUUUGGAUCACAGCAAACCUUACCGUCGUUAUUUAUCUACCAUGUAAUCAAGACACAAAUUUAAAUUCAUUUAAGUAUAUGGUGACGACAGAAACAGAGUAUGAUGAGCCAUUAAAUUCAUCUAAGCUUCUUUCUUGGUUUUAAUUGAAGUAAAUAUAUUUAAACCAGAUUUUACAUUGAAAUUCGACCAAAGAAAAAUAAAAGAUUUCACAUUGAAAUGGGAUCUCAUGAGUCAUGACAAUAAUUUCAACAGGACAAAUGGUGUGACGUGAUGUAUCUUUGAAUUUCAUCAUUCAUAUCUCUUGCAUUAGUUUGAUAGUUUCUCUUUGUGAUCUUUGAGCAAGAUCGUUUGGGUCAUGCUCAAUGAGGUUAUAAUAAUGGUAGUAAGUAUAGUAGCAAGUAUUACUUAGCUAUUGCACAAUAAACUGAAGCUACCACCAACAACCCACAAAAAGUCUUUUCAGCAACGAUUAUGAAAACCGUAUCGAAAGUUAAACUUGAAAAGUUAAUGAUAGGGUACUUUAUGUUGAAAUAAUGAUUUAACCACAAUUCACCAUUUUCAUGCCGCUAAAUACAGUUCACAAAUUUAUCUUUCGAUAAGAGGUCUUUCUUCCGAUUAAUGCAAUCCUUACAAAUAUGAACGCUUCUAUACUUACUCGUUAAAAAGAAGUCUUGCGUCAACUUUCGAAAAUUUCCACAAAAUUCUACUGUUCACCCAAUUGAAAGGCUAGAUAGUCCAUAUUUUGGGACCAGAAAAUCUCGGAGCAAUCUUUGAGCAAUAUUUAUAGAACUUGUCCCUUAAUGUGAUCUUCCUAGCUUGGUUGAGAUUUGAGAAUCAAUUACGUAUCAGUUUUACUGUUUAUAUCACAUUCAUGUAAUAUUCUAUACCUCUUCGUCGUUGUCAACCGUACUCUAAGCUACACUCCCAUUUUUAUUCCAUUUACCAUUUCCAAACGGCUCUGAUAGAGAAAGGUUGCUUGAUCUUCAUUAAUUUGUUACCUCACCAUAUCUUUUUGUGAUGAAAACUGUUACCUAAUUAUAUAUUGACGUAUAGACAACAUUCAUUUCCACUUACCAAUAAUAUUCUCAGAAAUUAUCAAUUUUACAGCGUAAAAUAUACUGCCAUGGUAUUUUUAUAGUAUCUGCAUAUCAUACCGACGUAGAUGACGGUAUAUGAAUUUUACAAUCCAACCAAACCAUAUGAUACGAUUUAGCAAUCCUUGAUUCGAAGUCUUGAUUUAUAUUUUAAUAAUAAAACUAGCCAUUAAUCGGUAAUUCCAAGAAAACAUACAUGCAUCAGUGCAAGAGGUCAAUCGAUAACCCAAAUUUAAUUAACAUUAUAAACGAUGACUUUCAAUUUCCUUCUCUAUUUUUAUAGUUUCCCCCCAAUUAUUAUAAAAUUAAGAACCAAAAACUGUUGGCCGGCUAGGUUAGUGGUUACCUUAGUUGCACUCCUUCUCGUUUUCCAUGCAGUCCUCUUCCCCCUAUAAAUACAAGUCUCUCCUCCCCACUUCUUCUCCUCACCAUUUCCACUCUCAAUCAAUCUCCUUCUUCUUCCAAUUUCCUUACUCGAUCUCCACAAGACCUAACCAUGGCCGCCAAAACGACACUCCUCCUCGCCGUUUCAAUCCUCGCAACAAUGCUCACCCUCUCCACUUCUCAAGUAGUACCACCCCUCACCGCCACGUGUCCCCUCCCGCUCGAGCUCUCGCCGGUCCUCCUCACCGACCAGCUCACCAAACUGGCCGCCUCCGCCGACUACGGAAACAUGGUCCACGUGGAGCCGGCCGCCGUCGCACACCCGAGAUCCGUCGAGGACAUCUCCCUGCUGAUAACGACGUCGUACAACUGCUCCCUCCCCUACGGCGUAGCCGCCAGAGGGAACGGCCACUGUACCAAAGGGCAAGGGAUGGUCAGCGACGGCGUCGUUCUCAACAUGCAGAGCUUGAGUACUGGUGGAAACGCGGGAACGAAAAUUGUGGUAUCCUCGGACCGUACGUUUGCUGACGUCAGCGGCGGGGCGCUGUGGAUCGAGGUGCUGACCGAGGCACUGAAGCUGGGAGUUGCACCGGUGACGUGGACCGACUUCCUGUACCUGACCGUCGGUGGCACGCUCUCCAACGCUGGGCUCGGCGGACAGACUUUCCGGUUCGGGCCACAGAUCGCCAAUGUUCACGAGAUGGACGUCGUUACAGGGAAAGGAGAGGUGGUGACCUGCUCGGCAAACAAGAGCUCUGAGCUGUUCUAUGGAGUUUUGGGCGGUUUAGGGCAGUUUGGAGUGAUUACCAGAGCAAGGAUUGCCUUGGCUCCAGCUCCCCAAAGGGUAAAAUGGGCACGACUUUUGUACAGUGAUUUCGCGACUUUCAGCAGCGACCAGGAGAAGAUCAUCGCCAACAACGCGCACCCCGAUUCGGUCGAUUACAUCGAAGGCCAGGUUUUACUCGACAACGGCACUCCAAACCUGUGGGAGACCAGCUUCUUCCCGACAGCCGCCAUCCCCACCAUAACCUCCCUCGUCAACCAAAAGGGCAUCGUUUACGCCUUGGAGGUCGUCAUGUACUACAACCCCGCCAACGAGGCGAUCAAGGACCAGCAAAUGAAGCAGCUGAUGAGGCAGCUAAAGAACGACCGCGGGCUAGCUGCCAUGAAAGACGUGACCUACUAUGAGUUUUUAACCAGAGUCCCCGUGCCCGACCCGUCGAUCCCGCUGUCGCACCCGUGGUUGAACCUUUUCGUGCCGAAAUCCGGCGUGUCCCGGUUCAACGACGGCGUCGUUAGGGACAUCGUCAUGCGAGCCAACAUCACCGUCGGUCCCGUCCUGUUCUACCCGGUCAACCGCAACAAGUGGGAUGACAAGAUGUCGGUUGUUAUACCGGACGAGGAGAUUUUCUAUGCGUUCUCGUUGCUGAGUCAGAGCAACGUGGGUGACUGGCAGAAGUAUCAGGACCAAAACGCUGCCGUGUUGGCGUAUACUGAGAAGGCUGGGAUUAAGGUCAAGCAGUACCUGGCGGGUCAUUCCACGCAGCAAGACUGGAUCAAGCAUUUUGGGCCGAAGUGGGCUGGUUUUCAGCAGAAGAAAGCCCAGUUUGAUCCCAAAUUCAUCUUGUCCCCUGGCCAGAAGAUCUUCAAUUAGAGAGAGAGAGAGAGAAAUAAAUUAAGAUUUGAUUAGGGUGGUAUACUAUACUCUCAUUGUGGAGACACAUUAGCAGAGUAAGCAGGCUAUUUGCGUAUAAGGAUUACAGUCUAUAGUGCUACUAGAGAUAUACAUCAGUGCAAUUCCACAUCCAAAACACAAAAUUAGAGCAUGUAACAACCCGUAUUAGUUGGCAUAUAAUAUGUUUAAUUUUCAAUACUUGAGAAAGUGAGGUGAUUAACAACUUUCGAGUUUUGACGAACAAGGAUUUGGUCUAGUGAUAAUACCACUAGUCUUGAAUUUGGAGAUCUCUGAUUCGAAUCCAUUAAGUAGUACCUAAUCACAAAAACUAAACCUAUAAUCUUAUCUAAAAAAUAAAUUUUGAGUUCGCGUUGCUUUGAGAAUCGUAUUAUUUAAAUGAGAAAGACACACUGAUAUAACUAUCAUUGGUCAAGUGAACAGAUAUUUUAAAAUCUUACUUGAACUCGAAUUAGUUAGAGUAUCUUAAUUAUACUAUUCAUCCAAACACUUACAAAUUAUUGUUGUGUUUCUUGCAGAAGAGUAAACAAAUUAGUUCUCUUUUGACCAUUAGUUUUCAACUAAAGGAGAUGGAACAAUAAUAAUGAUGUCGUUUGACCUUUUGGGUUGGCCAAAUUCUAAUAGAAAACGGCACUUCUAACAUAUGAGAGAUUUGACUUAUUUGCAACACUAAGAUCAACAAAUUCCCUAGUCAAACAAAACUCAUGGAAGUGGAUGUAGACUAUGAUAAGAACAACAGCCAAAGGUGGGUUAACCAAUGCCAGCCACGAUUAGGUAAUAUUAAUCUCCUAAUUAAUUAAUAUUGACUAAUUGUGAUUUGUGUGUCUGUAUCACACGUUGGUUGAAUGAACGUGAUAAUGAUGCAACUUUUGGUUUCUAAUCAAACAACUUCAAUAGGGCUGGCUAUUUGGUCCCAGACUGUUUGGUUUUACCCGAAACCGGACCGUAUAAUCCGGGACUGGGACCAGAUAGCAAACAAUGGAAUAUCAUAUUCGGACUUAGAUUUGAGGUAAAAAACUGGAUAAAGACCGGAUAAGAGACCCCCAACACCUAAAAUCAAGAUAAAAUUGGGACCGGACCGGAUCAAGACCGGACUGUAUCCAAUCCAAUCUUUGAUCCUUAUAUUCCCGAAAGACCGGACUGGGACCGGAUCAAUUUGGUCCAACUUAACCGGACCGGACCGUAUAGCCACCCCUAAACUUCAACAUCAUUGAGUCCAACAGUCUGUCUUUAAGAUAGCAAAGAAUGGCAAGAGCCCAACUACGUAUUCAACCAAAAAAAUUCUUGAAAGACGUAUUAUUACUUGGAACAAAAAAAAAUCUAUAUUUUGGUUUAAGAUCAAAUGGAACAAAAAAAAAACUAUUUGGAAUUCAAUUUAAAAAAAAAACAAUGUCGGAUAUAUGAUGUAAUCUUAAAUGGUUCAGAUUAGAUUCUCGAUUGAAUUGGAUUAGUAUUUCAUUCAUUGCAAUUUUCGAAUUCUUAAUCACUUUUAUGGAUGAUGAGAUUCAUUAAUCAAGAAUUUGCACACAAAACAGCCACUAAUACGCCAAUCAAAUUGAAAACCAAGA